UCUAUAUACUUCACCGUCUUCCUCAUCUUCUUCCCAAAACAGUACUAACUGCAACACUCUGCUCUGAUCUCUCUCCAUAGCAUGAGUCACGGUCAGCCUCUCAGGCCUCAAUCUGAUAAUGAACAUCUCUCUCCUCUUUCUCAGCUCCAGCAACCCAUCAAAUACGGUGACGUUUUCAACGUCUCCGGCGACUUAGCCUCCAAACCCAUCUCCCCUCAAGAUGCAGCCGCCAUGCAGGCCGCCGAGAUCCAAGUCUUAGGAAAAACCCACAAGGGAACUCCGGCUGACACCAUGCAAUCCGCCGCCGUCAUCAACGAGAUCGCCGGCUAUGUCGAACACAGAGACCUCACCGACAUUGCCAAGAACCAAGGUGUGUCUGUGACUGAAACGAAGGCCAGCGGUCAGCGUAUCAUCACGGAGGCCGUCGGCGGCCAGGUUUUAGGGCAGCAAGUUGAACAGGACGGCCCCACCGUGGCUUCUACUAUCGGGUCGGCCGCCAUAGAUGGGGACCCCAUCACUAUUGGGGAGGCGCUCGAGGCGGUGGCGAUUUCUGCCGGAGAUAAACCGGUGGAUCAGAGCGAUGCUGCUGCUAUCACGGCGGCGGAGAUCAGAGCAACUGGAAGUAACCAAGUGGCCCCUGGCGGUGUGGCGGAUACGGCUCAGAAUGCAGCCUCUAUGAACACUCAUGCCAGAAGCCGGGCAGACAUGACAAAGCUUUCCGAUGUUUUAAUGGAUGCGACGGAAAAGCUGGCAACAGACAAAGCGGUGACAAAGGAAGACGCGGAGGCUGUGUUUGCGGCGGAGGUGCAGUUCCCAUGGCGGAGAGACUCGCCGGACAUGCUAGCCACGCCAGGCGGAGUAGCGUCGUCCAUGGCCACCGCGGCUCAGCUGAAUGAACAAUAAUAGUGACAACUCUUUCUCAAAUAUUGUUAAAUUAGAUUUGCAAGUUUAAUUAAUUAAGCUCUGAAAAUAUCAACUUCCAAGUGCAGAAAAUCUGGUUGUGAUGUUUUUUUUUUUUUUUGCCCCUAUCUUCCUCGUUGAUUCGCCGCUAUAUAUUAAUAUUAAACUAAACUAU